UUGCGAACAGACCGACAGACUGGAGGUCCGCUGCGGAAUAAGUCGGAGCAGCCGACGCUGAAAUCGGUGGGGGGGAAAAGUUGCUCCUAACUACCUCCACGGUCGACGCGGAACACGAGACACGGGACUGGGGUUUUUGUAAAGCCCAGCAGUUUCCCCAGCAGUCAGACAUGAGCUUCCCUGGCCUGGGUCGCUGAGGUCAGAGUUCAAGUGCGCGUUCCGGCAGCCAUGGCCGACAGGGAGGGGCCAUCCAUCGCCCUCGGCCAGAUCUACAUUGAGGUGGAGUAUGACUAUGAGUACAAGGCCAAAGACAAGAUGGUGGCCAUCCGCCAGGGAGAGUGCUACAUGCUGGUGAAGAAGACCAAUGAGGACUGGUGGCAGGUGAGGAAGGAGGAGGGGACGAAGGCCUUUUAUGUGCCGGCGCAGUACGUCCGGGAGGUACGCCGGGCUCUCAUGCCCCCCCAGAAGCCCUCCUUGAGAGCCAAACCCACUGUUUUGGAUAUCUGCCGGGUGUCUAAUGAAAACCUCAACAGACCCCAGCCGGAAAUGUCCAGCUUUGGGCGCCUCUCGCCUUCCUCCACCCCGUCGCCAUCUUCUGAUCGCGUCACACCGCCGGCCCUGUCCAAGGACGCCAAUCAGAACAUGGGGAGUCCCCACCACUGCAAGGUGGUGGCCGAACUGGUGCUUCUUCACAACAACAACAACCAUCACCACGGCAACAAUUCCACAUUGCCAAGGACUCGGGCUGACUCACCCCCGCUCAAAGUGGGGAACAACCACGACCAAAGUCCGGACAGCGGUAAGGCCUCCCCACCUGGCGACCUGCCGGGCGAUCGGCUGAACAAGCUCCACAACGACUCAGAGUCUGGGGAUGAGCUGAGCAGCAGCUCAACAGAACACAUGCAGACAACAUCACCGACUGGUCAGGGCCGGUCCGACUCGCCGGUCUACACCAACCUCCAGGAGCUGAAGCUCUCUCAGUCCAGCCUGCCGCCCAUACCCUCCAGUUCCCCUCUCCACAUCCUGGGCGACUGGGAGACCCACAAAGACCUCAGCGGCAGGCAUUUUUACUACAACCGUGCCAGCGGGGAGCGGACCUGGAAGCCGCCACGUACCAGAGACGCCAGUGGCAGCAGCAGCAGCAUCCGAGGAGACAGCCAGGGCACAGCGGAGAGUGAGCCGCUGUCCUCAGAGGAAAACUUUCACAGCACCCACUCCAGUCAGUCUGACAGCCAGUACGGGUCGCCCCCUAGAGGCUGGUCUGAGGAGCUGGAUGAACAUGGACACACACUCUACGUCUCCGAAUACACACAGGAGAAGUGGAUAAAACAUGUGGAUGAACAGGGCCGGCCCUACUACUACAGCGCUGACGGAUCCAGGUCCGAAUGGGAACUGCCUAAGUACAACAUCUCCCCUCAGUCUGGCGAGGUCCCCAAGAGUCGCAGUCUGGAGAGGAAGCAGCAGGACCCCAUCGUCCUCACCAAGUGGAGACACAGCACCUACGUGUUGGACCUCAACGACAAGGAGUGUGCUCCGGCGCCCAAGCAGAGCUCUCCAGACUCUGACUCCUGCCCCUCAUCUCCUAAGCACCCCUCGACUCCCUCAGAGAAGUGCGGAGUCCUCAAUGUCACCAAAAUCACAGAGAAUGGAAAGAAAGUCAGGAAGAACUGGACCUCCUCGUGGACUGUGCUGCAGGGUUCCUCCCUGCUCUUCGCAAAGGGCCAAGGGGGCAGUACCAGCUGGAAGUUUGGGGGCAACCAGUCGAAGCCCGAGUUCACCGUUGACCUGCGAGGGGGGUCGGUGGAUUGGGCCUCCAAGGACAAGUCCAGCAAGAAACACGUCAUCGAGCUGAAGACGCGUCAAGGGACGGAGCUGCUGAUCCAGUCGGAGAUCGACAGCGUCAUCAACGACUGGCACCGGGCCCUCACGGAGGCCAUCAACACACAUGCCUGGGAGUCGGACGAGGCCAUCGAGGAGGAUAUGCCUGAGUCGCCGGGAGCUGAGAAGCAGGACAAGGAGAAAGACCACCGGGACUCCAAGAAGAACCGAGUGAUGAAGACCUCUGUGAGCAUGGACUCAUCGGACCAGAAGAAAACCCGGCUGAAGCUCAAGAAGUUCCUGACGCGCCGACCCACCUACCAGGCAGUUCGAGACAAGGGGUACAUCAAAGAUCAGGUGUUCGGCUGCAGUCUGACCAGUCUGUGCCAGCGGGAGACCACAUCAGUACCAAACUUUGUCACAAUGUGCAUUGACCAUGUGGAGACCACAGGUCUCAAUGUCGACGGCUUAUACAGAGUGAGCGGGAACCUGGCGGUGAUCCAGAAGCUCCGCUUUGCUGUGAAUCACGAUGAGAAGGUGGAUCUGAACGACAGCAAAUGGGAGGACAUCCACGUCACUACCGGAGCUCUGAAGAUGCUCUUCAGGGAGCUUCCCGAGCCCCUCUUCACGUACGGAUCCUUCGACGACUUCGUAGAUGCCAUCAAAUGCUCGGACUACAAGCAGCGAGUGAACUCCAUCAAAGACUUAAUAAAGAAGUUGCCAAAACCCAACCACGACACAAUGCAAGGCCUCUUCAAACACCUGCGGAGGGUGAUUGACCACGCCGAGGCCAACCGCAUGACCACCCAGAGCGUGGCCAUCGUGUUCGGACCCACGCUGCUGCGGCCCGAGACGGAGACGGGCAACAUCGCGGUCCACAUGGUCUACCAGAACCAGAUCGUGGAGCUCAUACUGCUGGAGUACGAGAGCAUCUUCGGCAGAUAGAGGCGCCCGCUCGCGACAGGACGCCGGGCUUCUGUUCCUCCUCUUCCCUUCCCUCUCCCUUCUUUUCUUUGACGGAACUAAACAUUGCUGUGGACCAAGCAUACCGGAGAAAAAAAUAUAUAUAUAUAUAUAUAUAUCAUUUACCUUCAUUGACGGUUUACGAAAAAUUGUUGCACUUAAGGAGGAGAAGAAUAAAAAAUAAGUAAAUGUAUUAAAAAAAAAAGGGUGUACAGAUUUCACCCCCCUUCUCCAGAUGCCAUCCCCUGCUGUGAGUAGUUGGGCCGGACACACGUGGACAGUGUUUCAGAGGGAUGGCAUGUGAUGUGGUGGAUUCCAGUGUUCAGCUCUUUCUUCUCCCCCCCACAUACACUGGAUGGCCAGUAGUUGGAAGGGCGGCAACCUUUGCCUCCCCGGGGGGGGGGGGGGGGGUGACGUGACGACGACGUGGCAUUAUUAGCCCAACCGGCGACCUCAUCACUUCACCGAAGGAGUGAGCAGAAUCUGAACUGGAUCGGGUGUUGGAGGACAGGCCCGUGUGUGCGUGUGUGCGUGUGUGUGUGUGUGUACCGAAGUGGAACAAAAAACCUGAGCGACGCGUCCUCGUCUGUCCACUUUGUACAAACUGUGUGUCGUGUAGUCUUACGUGCUUUGGUGAAGUUUCUGUUAAAGCUGCUGAAAGGGGGAUGGGGGGACAGACAACUGAUGUUACUGGAAAACAACUAAGUGGAUUUCUUGGGAUUGCAACACUAGCAAUUUUUCCAUGAAUGUGUCCCUUCUCUUCCUCCUAAUAAUAUUUCAGUCAGAAGGGGGGCGGCAGUGUGGGAAUGCAAAGGAGCCUUUAAGAAUCCCUUUGAGAAGCUUAUAUGUACAGCGACAAGAACUAGGUGUCGAAAUGUGUUCUAGUGACUGAGGUGUGUGUACGCAUUGAUGGUGAACUAGUGAAAGAUAAUUUGUAAAUUUGAAUUCCGACAUGACGACACACAGGUGAAGAGAGAAAAAAAAAAAAAAAAAAAAA